AUGCCAGCCUCGUCACCUAAGUUCGGGAAGGGGGCUGCUGCCACCACGCCGAGAGGAAAAGCCAGCCAGCUGAAGCUCCAGGCGGUCAAGGAGAAUCUGGUCCACAAUGCGAAGAACAAGCUGGACCUUUCAGCGGCGGCCGCGUACGCGCCCACGAAAGCUCCGAGGGAGACGGCUGAUGAGAAAAUGAAGAAGGUCGUGCAGAAGGCGAUCGCCGACAAUUUCAAGGGGGCCCAGUGGACAAACGCCAUUCUGUACGCCAAAGUGGUCCAUGGCAAAACUGUAUCUCAGCACAUCGAGGCGCGCAUCCGCGAGAAGGGCUCCCGGGGCAAGGGCUUCUACGACGAGUUGAAAUUGAAAUUCGCCGAGACAGAGGACUCCGGCGCAUUCGCCGUCGACAACGGGUCGGAGGCGAUCCCCGAUGAUCUUGAAGAUGUUGUCUCGGCCCUCGUGUUAGACCCCAGGGCGACUGAGGGUCUGAAGGGGUAUUUUGAAUAUGGACCGGAGAUCCCGAAUCAAAAGUGCGCGGCCAUUGUCGGCAAAGUGAUGUUUACUGUGCCUACGUUCGCCCCUGUCCGGAAUGCCGAGCUGUGGCAGGAGUUCAUUAAGUUCAUCGUUCGUACGCAGUUCCACGCAAAGUACCCGGACGUGCGGGCCAAGUUGAGGGCGCGCGCAAGUUUGGUGUUGGAGGCGGCCCACAUGGACAAGCUCACGAGCCUGGGGAAGAACGAGAAGUGGUGCACGGUUGAGGACUCCGUCUUGAGCGUCUACCGCGGGUCGGACACAGGCCGAGUCAUCUACGAGGAGGCGUACCGCAACCUCGGGCGCGAGAAGAUGGAGACCGUGGCUGACGAGGUCGUCGCGCAGGUGAUGCGGGCCAGCAUCACGCAGGCCACGAUCCGCAGAUCCCGGGAGUCAUUCCUGGAGAAACUGAAGAUCGCAGGGUUCAAGGCCCUGGAAGUCAUGGAGCCUUGGGCCACGGACGUGACAUACAGGCAGACGAAGAUGACCAUUACGGUGAACAGCUACAUGGACAUGUUCACGGCCAAGCGGCAGGCCGCGGUCUUGGGCGCGGCCGUCGACGCGGGGGUCCUGGCCCCAUUGCUCUGCGAGGGCGGAUUGCUCGUCGCCGACAAGACGAAGGUGUUCAAGCAUAAGGUGGAUGCGGACGUCGCUGAAGAUGCCAUCAAUGGCCGAAGCGUCGCUUCUUCCCUCGUCGAGGGUCGUGGCGUUCAGACGGGCUCCGCCAUCGUGACGCUUUUCAGGUCGAAGUGGAAGAUACUGUAUGGCGAAGACAAGGACUGGCGCAUCACAUUCCGGAUCUUCGAGAUGCACGUCGGCUCCCUUGGCGAGGAGGCUUUCCGUCGGAACACGCUCGGGGCCCUCCCGACGGCGGACCGCGUGCUCAGCUGCGCGCAGGCCCUUACUGCCCUCCGCAAGCUCGAGAAUGGGAAGCUGUUCGAGUUCAUCGGCGCUGGCCUGCAGAAAGUCUUCCGGGACGUCAUUGGCUGGGUGCAGCACAUCAAGGGCGACAAGCCGCCGGCGGUGACUGGCGAGAGCUCGCCUUUCGUGCGCGAUGUGAAGGAGUCCUUGGCGUGGUUCUUCCCCGCGCAGAACAGCCCUGGCGGGGGCGCGCCUGGCGCCGUUCUCCGGGGCAAGGAGGCCGCGGAGGCGGCCUUCGCGCACUGCGAGGGCCUCGCGACGGCCGAUAAGUUGAAGGGCGACCCUCAGCAACUCACGCCGCUCCUCGUCUUCUCGUUCUGCCUGUCGCCCGCCAGCCGCACCAAGGUCCUGGCGUGGAAGGACGACCUGGUCAAGAAGGGCAAGCGCAAGGCUGGGGGGAACAGCAAGGUGGCAGCCAAG